UAAACAGACAGACAAUGACACUUCUCAUUUUUCUUUGGCCCCUCCAGCCAUUGACUCUAAAGUCUAAAGUCUUGUCUUUCUCCUUCUUCUUAAAUAAACUCCAACAUGAACAUGAAGCUCAACUUUCUAUGCAUUUCUCUGGAAUCUGCUUUCACCCAUUGGAGAAACAGAAAAUGGUUGCUGGAGAUUUUGUUGUUUGUGAGAGUUCACAAACAUGAGCCACUGCCUUGGUACUAUAGACAAGAUUUCUCAUUUUGUGACAAUUAUGGAGUUUGUGCCUAUUGGUACGAUACUGGCCGUGCUUACAGCUGAGGUCAUUAAGACAGCUCAAGCAGCUCAGGAUGUUGCUUUUGAGAAGGAGAGUUUCAAGGUCUUGUCGAAACACCUAUAUGACAUUGAACCUGUAUUGAAAGAGCUGCAGCUAAAAGAACUUAAUGACUCAUUAGCUGCAAGAAAAGCUUUGGAAGUCCUUGAUGUCAAUGUUAAAAGGGCUCGAAGCUUGGUUGACAAAUACACUAAUAGGGCCCGAUUAUACUUACUUCUCAAGUGUCGGUUUAUUGUUAAAGAGGUACAAGAUGUUACUAGAGACAUUGGUAAGUCAUUGGCUGACCUAUCUCUUGCAAACACUGACAUCUUAUUGGGCAUAUCAAACCAAGUGAAUAGGUUACACAAUGAGAUGCAAACAGCAGAAUUUGAGAGUUCUCUCUCCCAACGCCAAAUUGUUGAUAAGCUAACACAAGGUCUCACGGACCAGAGGCUUGAUCCAAAUGAAAUUUUAAAAGAUAUAGCGAAGGCGGUUGGGGUGCCAGUUGAUCCUUCAGAGAUAAGUAAAGAGCUUGAGAGCUUCAAGAAAGAAAAAGAAGAAGCUGAAAUUAGGAAAGAAAGAGCUGAAGUUUUUUUCUUUGAGCAGGUUAUUGCCCUACUCUCCCAAGCUGACGCUGCUAGAGAUUAUGAAGAAGUCAGGAAACAGUACUUUCAAAGGCUUCAGGUCGUAGAACGGUCAUAUGCAAACGUAAAAUGUAUUGAGCCGUAUAGAUCUUUUGAAUGUUGUAUUACUGGCUGUGUAAUGGUUGAUCCAGUUAGUCUCUGCACUGGUACUACAUGUGAGAGAGAAGCCCUCGAAGCUUAUUUUAGCUUAGGAAACAAAAGUGAUCCUGAAACUGGUGAGCUUCUUGAUGAUUGCUCAUAUAGGUCCAACCUUCAACUUAGACAGUCAAUACAAGAAUGGAAAGAACAAAUUUUUUGCCAUAAAAUCAUGAAUUGCAAAUCAGACUUGCUAGCAACAGAUGAUUUAGUAUUACAAGCCCUUGGCCAUAUGCAGGAUCUUAUCAGAGAGAACUCAAUCAACAGAUACUGGAUUACUAUUGGAGGGCUUACUGAAAUUACAAUCUCAGUCCUUGGAAAAACUGACAAUGAAGAUGUGAAAAGAAAAAUACUAGUUACCUUAACAAAUGCUAUACAAGGGCACACAAAAAACAAGGAUUUCUUGAUUGAAAAUGAGGGUUUUGAACACGUCAUUGCAUGUCUAGAGUCUGAUUCAAGUAUAUCAGAGACUGCUGUUCAGCUGCUGUACGAGUUAUUGAUGGAAGGGUCAUGUUGGAAUGUCUCUUAUUGUAGGAAGCUCUCUCAGAAAUAUGGUGCAAUCAAUGGUCUUGUCAAACUUCGGCAUCAUAUGGUGAUAGAGUCGUCAGAGAAAGCGGCAGAAAUUUUGAUGAGUCUCUGUGAGGAAGAUGAACUGAACAUUAUUAAGAUUGCAGAGGCAGGCUGGUAUGAACCACUUGCUAAAAGGGCUAUCCAAGGAUCAGAAUCUUCAAGGAUGAUGAUGGUGAGAGCUCUUGUUAGUUUGAAAAUGGAUGAAGAGAAUUCAAAGAUUUUAGUUGAGGAAGGGCUAAUACCGACUUUGCUUCAAAUGGCAUCGGGAAACCUCGAGUCUAAAGAACUAUCAUUGUCUCUGCUGGUUAAGCUGUCUUCAUAUCAUGAUAAUAAAGGACAUAUUGCUGCGGCUGGUGGCAUACCUAUUGUGAUAUCACUUAUAUCUCCUGUAACACGGACAAGUAUUAUUGCUAAAAGCUCUGAAGUUCUUGAAAAUCUUGCUUCUAAUGGUGAUGGAAUCAAGUUCUUUGUUGAUGAAAAUGGAAAUAACCUUGAGCUAGAGUCUGUUAUCAUUAACUUGUUGACUUUUCAGCAGAAUCCGACUUUACCUCAUACUACACGAAAACCUGCCUUGAGAGCUGUAUUAGGAUUGUGUCGGUUUGAUGCUGGCCUUGUCAAAAUGGCUGUUCUCAAAGCUAACGGUGUUUCUGCUGUUAUUUCACUUCUUGAUAAUUCUGAUUUGGAAGUACGAGAAACUGCAAUAUAUCUUCUUUUCCUGUUCUCCCAGCAUGAAUCACAGGGAACUGUAGAAUACCUUCUUAGACCAAGAAGGCUUGAGGCUUUUAUUAAAAUUUUGGAGAAUCAUGAAAAAGGUGAAGUACAAAUGGCUUCAGCUGGUGUAAUAGCCAACCUUCCCAAGUCAGAAAUACUACUCACGGAGAAACUAAUUGAAUCAGAUGGACUGAAAGCAAUUAUAGACAUCUUGAGAUCUGGAAGCAUAGAAGCAAAAGAAAAUGCUUUAAGUGCACUCUUCAGAUUCACUGAUCCCACAAAUCUGGAGUCACAGAAGAUUGUUGUUGAAUUAGGGGCGUAUCCAUUGCUGGUAGAUUUUCUCAAGGAAGGUUCAGUAACAUCAAAGGCAAGAGCAGCUGCUCUCAUUGGUGAUCUUUCUAUGCGCAGUGUAGAACUUACGGUUGUGUCCAAAGGAAUUGGCUGCUGGUUUUUCUUUCCUGGAAGACGUAACCCUAGAUGUCCGGCACAUGGGGGUGUCUGCAGUGUGAACAAAUCAUUUUGUCUGUUGGCAGCAGAUGCUUUGCCUCACCUGGUGAAACUAUUACAAGAGGAAGUUCACGCAACUGCUUUUGAGGCAAUUCAAACGCUCUCUACUCUUGUCAGCGAGGAAAGUCCCCAAAGAGGUGCCAGAGUCCUGCAUGAGAGUGGUGCAAUAUCUUACAUGCUUGCGGUUUUAUCAUGGGGGUCUCAGUCACUAAAGGAAGAGGUUUUGGGUCUGUUAGAAAAGGUUUUCAUGUCAAAGGAAAUGGUCGAAGCCUAUGGAUUGACAGCUCGAGCCAAUAUUGUUCGUCUGACAGGGCGUAGCAUUCACGAAGAUGGACAUCUUCAGAGGAAAGCUGCUAGAGUAUUGUUACUCAUAGAACGUAACUCUAGUAACUCUAGGCCAUUAUCAUCCUCAGCCGUCGUUAAUGGAAUAGGUGAGUGACUAAGGUUUUUCGUUACAAAAUCAAACCAUUCUAAGGACACUGAAAUUCUUCCUGCAUUGUGCACUCUCAGAAUUCAUAAUACAUGUAAUAGUUAACCUCAGUAAUAUGUAUAUGUAAUCCCACAUUCUAUUUACACUUAAGGGCAUAAUUUGUAGCUUGUUUGGUUUUUGAUACAGUAAUCAUUAGCUUUUGCUGUGUUAAUAA